GGAAAAGAAAUGGAGCAAGUUCAGUAACUACCCAGUCUAAUGUCUUACUCAUAUCUCAAGGAAUCUUACAAAUACUUAUUUUGAAUUGAGAAAAUGACUGCAGAUAUAGAAGAAAGUACCUGUCAAAAAGUGGAACACCCUCUAGCUAAUUUGGAAGUAGUAUAAAAUAAAUACCCCUGUUAUGGUGCGAUUCUGGAGUGGAGUUAACUCUAUAGCACACAGGUAGCUCUCCAAGGAGAAAGAAAAAAGGAGCUUUCUGUUUUUCUAAAUUAUGGAAAUUUUUUGGAAGACGUGGGGAUGGAUUUUGAGCCUAGUCAUGGUUGCAUCGGAAUUUCACAGUGACAACAGGCUUUCAUACAGUUCUCAAGAGGAAUUCCUGUCUUACCUUGAACACUACCAACUAACAAUCCCAAUAAGGGUUGAUCAAAAUGGAGCCUUUCUCAGCUUUACUGUGAAAAAUGCUAAACCCUCGAGAAGGAGGAGGAGCACAGACCCUUAUGACCAAGAACUGGCAGCAUCUAAAUUAUUUUUUAAACUUUCUGCCUAUGGCAAGCACUUUCAUUUAAACCUGACUCUCAACACAGAUUUGGUGUCCAGACAUUUUACAGUAGAGUACUGGGGGAAAGAUGGACCGCAAUGGAAGCAUGAUUUUUUAGACCACUGUCAUUACACAGGAUAUUUGCAAGACCAACACAGUACAACUAAAGUGGCCUUAAGCAACUGCAAUGGUCUGCAUGGAGUCAUUGCUACAGAAGAUGACGAGUAUUUUAUUGAGCCCUUAAGGAACAUAACAGAAGAUUCUAGUAACUAUAGCUAUGAGAAUGGUCAUCCUCAUGUUAUAUACAAAAAAUCUACCAUGCACCAGCAACACCUCUAUGAUCACAGUCACUGUGGAGUCUCAGACCUCACAAGAAGCAGUAAACGUUGGUGGAUGAAUGAUGCAUCUGCUUUUCCAACUUCACUUCCAGUCAAUGAUACACUAAGUAGUCAUAGUCGGCAGAAGAGAUCUGUAAGCCUUGAACGAUUUGUGGAGACGCUGGUGGUAGCAGACAAAAUGAUGGUGGGAUACCAUGGUCGCAAAGACAUUGAGCACUACAUUUUGAGUGUAAUGAAUAUUGUUGCCAAACUUUAUCGUGAUUCCAGUCUAGGAAACGUUGUGAAUAUUAUAGUGACACGUUUGAUUGUCCUCACUGAAGAUCAGCCAAACUUGGAGAUAAACCACCAUGCAGACAAGUCCCUCGAUAGCUUCUGUAAGUGGCAGAAAUCCAUUCUCUCCCACCAAAGUGAUGGAAACACCAUUCCAGAAAAUGGGAUUGCCCACCAUGAUAAUGCGGUUCUUAUUACUAG